GAGGGGUGCCAGGGUGGGAUUAGAACUUCUAUGAGCCCACUGCGCGUGUGUAGGAAGAGGGUGGUGGCGGAGAGGGGUAAGGGACGUCUUUGCCACGUGAUGCGGGGCGGGGCUUGUUGGUCCUUCGAAUGCGCUUGCUUAUUUGAGAGCUGUCAAUUUGGAAGAGUGGAAGCGAGGGUCUUGUUCGUGAGGCGCAGCUUUUGGGAAGUGCAGGUGUAGGUGGGCGAACUCGCGGGCCGAGGAUUCUCGGCCUCUCUGGUGGCUGUGAAGCGGUUCCAUUACUGCCAAAGUGAUUCAGGUUUAAAGGCCCAGGAAACACCUAAAGGUCCUCUGCCUCCAUCUGGCGCUGAACUCACACUGGUCCUUGGAACCCCCAAGAAGAAAAGCCACUUAUUCCCCCCCAACUCCCCCACCCACCAGUUCUUCUUGUUUUAAGACAUUGCUUUUCAUCCUCUCUGGCUUUCAUCUUGGUCUCUGGCUGUCUUCUAACUCCAGGCCCCUGAAGGGGGUUGUGGGGGAAGGAGCUACUAUCAAUCACACCAUGUGAUCAUUUACAUUAAGAAUUCGAUUCUUGUGUUCCCUCUCCACUCCCAGUCUUGAGUUUAUGUCUCUAAAUAUGUUUUGCCAUCCUAACAGAUUUUGUGGAUGAAAUAAAUUUCCUUGCUUCUUUGUUUGUUUGUUUUCCUAAGGAAAGAAAGGGAAGACAAAUCUGGACAAAUUUGGGGUUUCUCUUUAGGUGGUUGAACUCUGAUGACAGGGAGCAAAAUUCCUUUCCUUUCCGAGUGCUAUUCUUCAUAUUCACUGAGGAAAACUAAGUAGCAAUGGGAGCAUUUUUUCUGGCAGGACCAUGGCAGCAAGCUUAAGUUACUCUUUUAUUCAAAAGGCCUGCUCUGAUAUCUCAUCAACUCCUAUCUCCUUGUGAAUAGUAGAUGCUUUAUAAAUGUUUGGAGAAAAUUGUGAAUUGAACUGAAUCAUAGCUUCUAGGCCCCUGGAUUCUUGGAGGCUAUAUAUACCUAACCUAUAGAUCACCAGUGUCUAAACUUUAUCUUUCAAUGCUCUCAGUAAAAAAAAAAAAUUUAAGCAAGCAAGCCCAGGAUGUGGGUGCCUCUUUAUAAAUUAUAUACAGGUACUGUCUCACUAAUAAUUCUGUAUAUUAUAAAACAAAAGAAACAUUAGAAAUUAAUAUUUGAUUCUAGCUUUGGUAGGACCUCCAAAUGCAGAGUCUGUGCUUGGAGGAGUUUCUGUCAUGGUCUUGAGAUGGGUUGGGGAGGAUAUAUGUAGGGCAUUGGGGAAGGGAGGCUAGGUCUUCAAUUGAAAAAAUGUAUGCUAUUUAGUUACAAAGUGCCCUGAAGGCCUCAACCCCAUCCCUGAAGAGGGGAGGUGAUUUAGUGAAGGUGUGGUUGUAUUGGAGAGACAGACCUUAUCAUUGGCUAGCACAGAGAUGAUGAGAUUUGACCCUUAUCAAGAGGUUACAUCCUUCUUGCCUGUGGAUACCAGUCCCUACUUUGGGCUCAACUGCUUUGAAGAGCCUGGUAGGUCUAAGUUUGACUUUCUUAAUCGUGUAGGCUACAAAUUAUAUCAGCUGUUAGAUGACUACAUAUUGCAAUGAAAAGAGUAUAUGACUUGGAGUUAGAGAACCUGGAUUCAAAGUCUAUAUCUACUAUGUUUUAUCCACUUUCCCCUCUGAUCCUCAGUUUUUUGAUCUGUAAAAUCAUGGAGCUGGACUACAUUACCUUGAGUUUUUAAAAUAUUUUUAUUUUAAUAUUACAGAUGGUAUGCCUGAAGGGGGACUCAGACUUUAGUGGUAUAUUUUGCCAUGCUUUCUGUGGCCUUGGAACUUAUAAGCAAUGCUUUCUGUAUGGCCUAGAAAAUAGGUAAAAUAAAUUCUCCAACUGCUAUUUCUGUUAAAAAACAGAGAACAAAAGGCAAGAAGAGGUUAAAUUAAUCAUUGGAAUUGCUCAUGUCAACAAAAAUAUAAAACAAUUUCUGAACUUUAUCCUAUAUUAAUAAAAGGUUUUCUUGAGUAAUCAAUGGAAUAAUAAAAGUUCCUCAGUAGGCUUUGGUGUUUCUAGAACAGUCAGUUCAACCAUUGUCUGAAAAGCUAAGGUAGCUUGAAAUAUAGUAAAUAUUGCAAUUAUGAAUAUUAGCAGUUGAAUAUUGCACUGCUGCUAUAGUUGAAGAUGCAUGUAUUCUACUUGUGGUUAAAUAUUCACACUGCCUAUACCUUCUCUUUUGAAAGAUAAAACUGAAAGUAUUUUCCUUACUUGGUUAUACAAAUAGGGGAGUAAACCCACUUUAGGGACCGACCAGCCAGAAGAUUACAGGUAGGAGUGGUACUGAUAAUGACAAAAAAAAAAAGUCUAAAUAAUUUAUUUGGCUCCCUUGCCUUCAGUAAUAAGAUUUGCUUCAGGACCUUGCAGAAAUUUAAGGAGGGGAAACUAUAGGAAAAUCUCUAUAUUCAGUAUUGCUCAGGUCCUCUUUUAUAAUUCUAAGAUAUGUUUUUAGUUCUAUAGCUGGAAUAUAAUAUAAAUACAACAUUAUAUAAUGGAAAGAGCACCAGAAUGAGUCAGAAAAUAUGGAUUCUGGUCCUUACUCUGCCACUAACCAGCUAUAUAACACUAGAUAAAUCUUCACCUUUUUAGUCUUCAAACAAUAAUUGGUUAGCUUUUACAGUUGUAAUAUAUACCAAUUGUUUAAGAGUUCUUUCAUCUACCAGACCCUGAAGGCUACCACCACCUUCUUCAUCUUCUCAAGGAUAUCCUGAGAAAUGUACCCUCCACAAUUAAUUGUGAGCAAGGCUCUAAAAGGUAUAAUUUGGGAUUGGAGUAAUAAUAUGUCAAAUUUUUAAGUACCAAUAAGGUGCCAGAUCCUGUGGAGAUAUAAAGAUAAAAUUAAACAAGUGCUGUCAAAGAACCUAAAUUCUGUCAGGGUAGAAAACAUGGAACUUAUAUCAGUGUAUAAAUAGAAAAUUAAUUUUCAGGGGGAGCAAUGGGGAGAUCUGGAAAAGUCUCAUGUGGGAGAGGUACCUCAAUUGAGUUUUGAAGAAAACAAAGGCAUUAACCUCUUUGAGCUUGUGAGACAGACCCCCAAGUAGUAUGAUCUUCUGAGAAAUGGAAAAGUUGAGAGACUUGUCCAUGGACACUAUUCUCAUUUCAUUCUUAUUUAGUGAUCUUUUCACCUCACAUGAAAUCAAUUACUAUCUCAGCAUAUAAUUCCCUAUUUAUCCAGUCCUAUCCAGGACUCUCCUCAGCACCAAUCCAACAUCACCAGUUGUUUGUUGGAUAUUUCAAACUUGAUAACCAUAGGUAUCUCAUACUCAACAUUUACAAAAUAUAAUCCAUUAUCUUUAUGCCCAAACUCUCCCCUUUCCCCAAAUUUCCCAACUAUAAAGCAGGAGGUGACUAUCCUGCCAGACACCCAGAUUUUCAGCCUCAGUUAUUCUCAACUUAUUCUCUACUCUUUUCUCAGUUACUAUACUCCACAUAUCUAAUUAGUUGUAUAAUAUUGAAAUUUCAUCCUCCAUAGCCUUUUAUAGACAUUCCACCAUCCUAGUUCAGGCCUUUGUUGCCUCAGGUAUGGUAGCAAUAGCUUCCUUUAAAAAACAAUAACAACAAAACUCAUACCUUCUGUCUUAGAAUCAAUACUAAAUAUAGGUUCCAAAGCAGAAGAGUGGCAAGGGCUAGACAAAGGGAGUUAAGUGACUUGUCAGAGGCUAUAAUAGCUAGGAAGUAUCUUGGACCUCCCAUCUCUAACUGCUCCUGCAAUAGCUUUCUAGUUAUUAUCCAUGCCUUAAGUCUUUCCAUCGUCCAAGUAGCUGCCAAAAUUAUUUUCUUAAAGCAUUGGUCUGAUUUUCUUAAAGUAGAACAUCAUCCUAUCAAUAAACUCCACUGAUUCCCUACUACUUUCAGGAUUAAAUAUAUAGUUUUUUGGUUUAACAUUUAAAUCUCUUCACAACUUUCUUUUUCCUACUUUUCCAACUUUAAAUUCUCCUACUUUUAUAUGGACAUUAUAGCUUAACCAUGCUGACCUGCUUGUUUCUUGUCAAAGAUAUUCUAUCACCUAUUCCUUGCCUUUACCCUUGCUAUUUGUUGCCUUAAAUGUUCUAUUUUUUUGACUCGUGGAUUCCCUGGCUUUCUUAAGACUCAGCUCAAAAUUCUGUUCUGCUUCCUCCAGAAGGCCUUUCAUGGGCUUCCCAGCUGCUAAUACCAUGUAAGUUUAGUUUUCACCUACUCUGUAUUUAUCUUACAUGCUCUGAUUUAUCAUUAGAAUGUAAGCUCCCUAAAGGUAGGAACUGUUUUUAGUUUUGCUUUUCCUCUGUUUCCUUAGCUCCUAACACAAGUGCCUGGCAUACAAUAAAUGCUAAUUGAUUUAUUCCAAGCAUAAGAGUAGAUAUCAAAAACAGCCCCAAGUGGGAAAUGAAAUGUUCUGUGUGAAGAACAAGAAGGCAGGGUUGUAAUAGUGUUUUUUCUUGUUUUUGUAUAACAGUUUGACUGCACAUAGGCUUAAGUGGCUUUCAACUCUCAUUAUUACAAUGAAUUUAGGAAAAAGAAAACAAAGAUGAAAGCUAUAGAUCAUGUAAGGUGGCAUGUCCAUAGUAGGCCAAAGUUAUAACAAAAUUCCAUAAGCAUGGUAGUUUAAUUACUCUGAUGUAGAAGGUGUAGAACUGAAAAUUUUUUCCCAAGUGUUCACAUUUUGUGUUCCAGCUGCCCCCUGGACAAGGAGCAUGUCAUGGAAAGGCAAAUCUUUACUUGGGAAAUAAUGAUGAAGUCAUAAAAUAUGAGAUAAACUGGGAUCCUUGGUAAAAUUGUGAUAUGUGAGAGAACAUCAUGGAGUUUUCCUGAAUUGAAGCAAGUAGCUCAGUGAUGAUGGGAGAUACAAACUAGACUAGGAAAUCUUGACCAGAGUGCCUAAUACCACAGAGACAAGUCCAAUAUAAAAUAAAGCCUCACUAUUACGUAGGUAUAGAGGGCAUUUGGUGGGAAUUGGCUACAGGCCCCUUUGUCCUUACUUGCAAUUUAGCUAUCAUAAUCUAACAGGGUCUCUAACUCCUAUUGAAGCCAGGGAAUGCCCUGGUUAGAAAUAUUAGUUCCUUAGGGGAAUGUCAGAAGUCUCCUGGAUCUUCUGAAGGGAUUCUUCCACAUCACCCAUAAUAUAUAAGGUAGAAAGAAGGUGGACAAGCAGACCUAGGUCGUAAGGAAUUCCUUGGGUUGGAAGAACCCCAAGAUGUAUCAGAGGCCAAGAUAACUAACUCCACUUACUCUCAGAAUCAGGAAUGUUCUUUCCACAGAGCAGUAACAAGGUCCUCAGUAAAACCAAUUACUCAGUGGUCUUUGACAAUUUGUUGUUAUAGAUAUACAGUUUCUGAGCUCCCUUCUAGGAUAAAGCCGGGCACUGUGUGACAUAUUACUUUGACAUUAUGGACUCCCAAAGACUGUCUAGUGGAGGUCUAGCAGUACUGCCUUAUCAUUGGGUAACUUGACAUUCCUUCAUCUUCGACUUUUAAUAGAACUUAAAACAUGGUUUUUAAUGUGAUGAGAUUCAAAAUCAUUGAUAAUACUUCUAUAAUGAGUCAACUUUUCUAUGACAUCUCUUCUAAAAUAACAUUUCAAAUUCUGAAUAAAACCCUCAUCCAUGUGGUUAAAGCAGUCUAAUAACAUUACCAACAAGAACACUAAAAAUACUUGCUAGCCUAACCUUUGCUCCAUUGCUAAACUCUAACUUCUUGCAAAUAGAUUAACCUGAGGCAAACUCUGCCCUGAAACUGAAAUUGAAAGCUUUCGUCUUUGGAAACAGCAACUCUAUGAAGAACCUCCACUGGAUGCUCCAUUGUGACCUGGAAGUGAACAUGGAUUCCUAUAAGCCAUGCCAGUAGUGCACAGUCUGUAGACGCUACCCAGGUGGAAAUGCUUUAUGACUAAAAGAUGGACUCUAUCAUCAGGAAGUUAGCCACCAGGCAACAUUUCUUUUUUCAGGCAUAGCAACUCAUAAAUAUCAUCUACUAAGGCAUAGAGGGGUUGUGAUCUACAUCAGUAAAUGGUAUGAAAUCAUGGAGCCUUAGAGCUACAAAAAGCCAGACAGAUCAGACUUCAUAAUGGAAGGCAAAUGUUGCAGUUGGCCUAGACCACAAAUUACAUCAGUGGCUUACACAAGUCUACUGGGGACCACGUUUGUGACUUUAAGUUCAAGUCGUAUUCUGUUGAUGAAAUUCUCAGCCAAUGAAGAGAAUAGAUAUGAUUAUCUUCCCACAACGGUCAACAUGUGUUCAGAAUUUGUGAAGCUGAUCUUUUGUGUGACUGUGGCACUAUGGGCUGUGAAGAAAGAGGGCUAUCAGUGUAAAGAUUUUGGAUGUGCUUCUUGGAGAAAACUCUACCAUUAUAUGAAGUGGUCCAUUCCUGCCUUCCUUUACUUUUUGGAUAACCUGAUUGUCUUCUAUGUCCUGUCCUAUCUUCAGCCUGCCAUGGCUGUGCUCUUCUCAAAUUUUAGCAUUAUAACAACAGCUCUUCUAUUCAGGAUAGUGCUAAAGCAACAUCUCACCUGGGUGCAGUGGGCUUCUUUGCUGAUUCUCUUUCUGUCAAUUGUGGCCCUGACUGCAAGCACUGAAAAUACACACUUGGCAAGGCAUGGAUUUCAUCAUGAUGCAUUUCUCAGUUCAUCUAAUUCUUGCUUUCUCCUCACAAGGCCACUCAGUGAGUGCCAUGGAAAAGAUAAUUGCACAGCAAAGCAGUGGACUCUUCCUGAAGUCAAAUGGAAUACCACAGCCAGGACUUUCAGUCGUAUCCGCCUGGGCCUGGGUCAUGUGCUUGUGAUAGUUCAGUGUUUUAUUUCCUCAAUGGCCAACAUCUAUAAUGAAAAGAUAUUGAAGGAAGGAGACCAGAUCACUGAAAAUAUCUUCAUACAAAAUAGCAAACUCUAUGCCUUUGGAGUGUUUUUCAAUGGAGUAACUCUAAGCCUUCAGACCAGUAACCACGGCCAGAUGAACAACUGUGGGAUUUUUUAUGGCCAUAAUGCAUUUUCAGUAGCACUUAUUUUUGUCACCGCUUUCCAGGGUCUCUCAGUAGCCUUCAUUUUGAAAUUCCUGGAUAACAUGUUCCAUAUUCUGAUGGCUCAAGUAACAACAGUGAUAAUCACUGCAAUAUCUGUCCUGGUCUUUGACUUCAAACCAUCUUUGGAGUUCUUUUUGGAAGCCCCAUCAGUCCUUCUUUCUAUAUUUAUUUAUAAUAUUAGUAAAUCUAAAAGCCUAGAAUAUGCUUCUUUGCAACAGAGGACCAAAGAUUCAAGUGACAGUUUCUGGGAAAGGUCAAAUGGGGAUGGAGAAGAACUGGAACUGCUGACUAAACCCAGCACUGACAAUGAAUCGGAAGAUGAUGCUUUCUAGUUUGGAUCCAAAACAAGUGGCAAUUCUCAAGAAUCAGAUGCUAACUUUGAAUAUUUCCCUUUUUGUUUUGAGUUUAGAAUGCCACUCUAAUACUUGGGGACCAGAGGCUUAAGAAAAUAACUAUGCCCCACAUUUUACAGUUUAAUGCAAAAUAUUUAUAGAAUGUCCUCAUAGUGCCAUAAAAUAUAAAAUAUAUAUUUUAGCUAAUCUUCUAUACUUAUAGGGAAAAAAUCAUGUCUGUUCAUCAAGGACCUAUGAUUUCAUCAGUAUGUAAACUCUUCACCAAUAUGAAUCAUAAUCUAUUUAUAGUUUCAGAAUUUCCUGAGGUUCAGAGAAGUUAGGCUAUAGUAAUAGGAUAUAGUGAGUAGAUGCCUUGCCAAAAAAGAACUUCAUGGCUCUCCUGCCCCCAAGGGAAAACAUAAGUCUUCAUUUGUCUCUCUUUAUUGAUAUAAAUAUUACCUAAGUAUAUCUCUUGUAUUUUGAGAGUACAGUGUUCUUUUUAUUUUUCUCUUAAGAAACAUGGGGACCCUCAAUCAAAUUUUUGCUUAAAUGAUCCAAAUUUCUGCAACUUGGCAGACUGUGAGAUGUGUGUUAUGGUUUUUCCCAAGGAAAUAACAUUUUUUUACAAAACAAAAUGUUUUAAUUUUAUGGAAUUUGUAAGCAAUUGGUUUUUAGUAAUUAUUAUGUAGAAUUUUUAGGUGAACAAUAAUUUAAAUGAAAGUAGAAUUUCCAAAUUAGCAUAGUCACCAUGUGUAACUAGUUGUUGAUUCAUAGAAACAAACUUUUUUCUGAUAAGAAAUCUCAAGUUGGAAGGGCUGAAGCCAAGAUAGUAGAGUGAAGGCAAGGAUUCACCUGAACUCUCUUAGAUUAGCCUCCAAACAACUUUAUAAUAAUUCUCAGAAGGACCUACCAAUUUACAAAAGAACAGAGUGAAACAGUUUUCAGUCUAAGACAACUUGGAAUCUCAGCCAGAAAGGUCAGUCUCAGGGUGAGAGUGGAGUGCAAACUAGCAUCAGGCCUUGGAGAUGACUGAAUUGGCAGCAGACCUCUUGCACCACAGAUGGUGAGGAAGUUAGACGGCUGGUCGGAAGGAGGGUCUCAGUGACUCUUUUCUGACACUGGGCACAGGAUUCUGUUGCAUUGACUAUAUAUAAUCACAGGGCAAGAAGAAAGCACUAGCUGGAAUGAGGAUCCUGGUCACAGAGUACGAGAACAGAGAAGAGUGCAUGUCGUUAUUCAAAGACUGGAGCAUUGUCCAGGAGAACAGUGACCACACGUUUCCUUGGAUCAUAUACUCUUGAAAGAACAGAAAACUUACAGUCCCCCAAGAACUAACUCUGAAAACAGAACCAUUAAAAAUCUGAAACUUGAACAGUGUCCUCUCUACCCUAGGAGCAGAGUCCAAAUUUAACAUAAAGUUUAAGGUCAAGAAAUAGACUGGAAAGAUAAGUAAACAACAAUAAAAAAAAGAACCUAUCCACAUAAAGUUACUCUGAUGACAAAGAAAAUCAAAACAAACUCACAGCUAUAUUCAAAGUCCCAAAGCAAAAUAUGAAUUUGUUUGAAGCCCCCCCCAAAAUUCCUAGGAUUGCUAAAAAAAUUUUUAAUGAAAUAAGAGAGAAGAGAAAUGGUAAAAGAAAUGAAAAUGAUGGCAAGAAAAUCAUGAAGAAGAAUCAACAGCUUGGUAAAAAAGGCACAAAAAAUACUGAAGAGAAUAACAUCUUAAAAAUUGAAUAGGUCAGAUGACAAAAGAGGCUCAAAAAUUCACUGAAGAGAAAAAUUCAUUAAAAAGCAAAAUGACCAAAGAGAAAAAAGUAUAAAAGCUCACUGAAGAAAGUAAUUUCUUAAAAAUUAGAAUUGGGCAGCAGAAGCUAAGGGCUCCAUAGUACAUCAAGAAACAAUAAGGCAAAAAUCAAGAGAGUAAAAAAAAGAAGAAAUGUGAAAUAUCUCAUUAGGAAAAAAAAAACUAACUUGGAAAAUAAAUCCAGGAGAAAUAAUUUAAGAAUUAUUGGACUACCUGAAAGACAUGAUUUAAAAAAAAAAAAGAGCUUAGGUUUCAUGUUUCAAGAAAUUAUAAAGGGAAAAGGUCCCAAUGUUCUAAAAUCAGAGGGUAAAAUAGAAAUGAAAAGAAACAACUGAUUGCCUCCUAAAAAAGAUCCCCAAAUGAAAACUCUCAGGAAUAUUAUAGCCAAAUUCUAGAAUUUCCAAGUCAAGGAGAAAAUAUUGUAAAUAUGCAAAAAGAAACUUUAAAUAUCAUGGAGUCAUCAAUUAUAUAAGAUAUAACAACUUAUAUAUAUAUAUAUAUAUAUAUAAAGGCUUAGAAUAUGUUAUUCUGGAGGGAAAAGGAACCAGAAUUAUAACUAAGAAUCACCUACCCCAUGAAGUUGAAUAUAUUCCUCUGGGGUGGAAAGAUAGCUUUUUAAUGAAAUGGAGAACUUUUAAGCAUUCUUGAUGAAAAUACCAUAGCUAAAUAGGAAAUUUUAUAUUCACAUAAAAGAUUCAAGAGAAGCACAAAAAGGUAAAGAGAAGGAGAAAUAAAAGAUUCUAUAAGAUGAAGCUAUUUACUUUCCUAUAUGCAAAGAUGCUACUUGUAACUCCUAAGAACUUUAUCAUUAUUAGGGCAGUUAAAAGCAGACAGCACAGGUGUGAGUUGUUUAUAAUGGCAUUAUAAUAUCUAAGAAAAAUAAAAUAAGGGGUGAGAAAGGAGGAUGACUGAUGGGAAGAUAUCUAAAAAAAAAAAUAGAAGGGAAAGGUAGAAAGGGAAAAUGUAUCCAAUAUAUGAGGCAUGAAUGAGCUUUUACAAUGGAAGGGAACAUGGAGAAGGGGGUGGCAGACAAUACUUAAAGCUUAUUCUCAUCUUAAUUGGCACAGAGAGGAAGUAAUAUCCACACAGGUAUAGAAAUCCACCUUACUCUGCUAAGAAGUAGGAGGGGAAGGGGAAAAUUCAAGGGGAUAGUCUGAUAAGAGAGGUUGGAGACGAUGGUCAGAAGCAAGACACUUGAGGAUAAACUGGAUUAGAGAAAGAUAAAUAGGAAAAUUAGAAGGGAGGGAAAUACAUUAUGAUGAACAAUGCUAUCCACCUCCAAAGAAAGAACUGACAGAAUCUGAAUGUAGAUAAAGUAUACCUUUUUAAACUUUAUUUUUCUUGGAGGUUUUCUUUUUUAGUUUUACAACAUGACUAAUAUGAAAAUGUUUUGCAUGACUGCACAUGUAUAACAUCAAAUUGCUUACCUUCUCAAUGAAGAAGGGAAAGGAGGGGAGAAUUUGGAACUGAAUUUUUUUAGAAAAUGAAUGAAUGGUCAAAAGUAUUUUUACAUGUAAUUGGAAGAAAUCUUAAAUUCAUUAUUCUUGACUAUAAUUAAAUUUCAAUGAAUAAUAUUUUCAUUAAUAUAUUGUCAAAUUUUGUGGGUUGUUAAGCAGAAGUUGUGACUGGUGUGUGUACAUCCUGUAUCAUACUUUCCCUGAGAGUUAAUUCAAAGUUAAAGCUGUGGAUGCAGGUCUGAUGUUUGAAUGAGAGCUCCUCAAGUGGAGGACUUCAAAAACAAAUAUUGGUAUUGUACAUAAUAAAGCAUUUUACAACAAUUUGUAUCACUUUCA